AUGCCUGAUCAGUUUUUCUCUUGUCGGGCUUAUUGUGUUUUUCGUGAUAGCAGGCAAUCACUGGGUGAAAUGGCUACUGCAAUCCCUGUUUCUGGAUCGUUCACUGAAUAUGCGCAACGAUUCGUGGACGAUUCAUUGGCUUUCGGACUGGGAUGGGCGUACUGGUAUCUCUGGGUGACAAUUCUGGCGAGUGAAUAUAAUGCGAUUUCGCUUGUUAUCGGCUUCUGGACGGAUGCUGUGCCCCAAUGGGGCUGGAUCCUGAUUUUUUGGUUCCUGUUCCUAGGGUUGUCCAAUCUGGGUGUUUUAGCAUAUGGUGAAAUGGAGUUUUGGUUGUCGCUUAUCAAAGUGCUGGCACUGAUCGCUUUCUUCAUCCUGGCCAUCUGCAUCAGCACGGGCGGCGUCGGGCCUGGUCCCAUUGGCUUCAAAUAUUACCAUGAUCCGGGCGCAUUUGCCGAUUCGAUCAACGGCGUCGCAAAGACGUUCGUCGUUGCCGGCACGCUCUAUGCGGGCACAGAGAUGGUUGGUGUAACUGCUGGAGAAUCAGCAAACCCCCAAAAGGCCGUCCCGACCGCCAUCAAGCAGGUUUUCUGGCGUAUCCUGAUCUUCUACAUUGGAAUGUUCUUCUUCCUGGGAAUCCUACUCCCCUACAAUCACCCCAAGCUUCUCAGCUCCACCUCCACCGCCGCCAGCUCCCCCUUGACCAUCGCGCUCACCGACGCAGGCAUCCUACCCGCCGCGCAUCUAAUCAACGCCCUCAUCGUCAUCAGCGUCAUCUCCGCCGGAAACGGCUCAUUGUACGUGGCGUCGCGAACCAUGCUCUUCAUGGCCCGCAACGGCAAGGCACCGCGCUUCAUCGGCCGCACCAAUUCGCGGGGUGUCCCCUGGGCGGCCCUGAUCUUCUCCAACAUCUUCACCUGCAUCGUGUUCCUCACACUCUCCUCGAGCGCGGGCCGGAUCUACUCCGCAUUAAUCACCUUAGCAGGGGUGGCCACCUUCGUCGUCUGGGCCGUCAUCUGCAUCGCACACAUCCGCUUCCGCAAGGCAAUGGUCGUACAAGGUGACGAUCCAUCCCGACUUCCUUUCCAAGCAGCGCUGUAUCCCUACGGCACGUAUUUCGCGCUGGCCGCGACGAUCUUCCUCGUUUUCUUCCAGGGGUAUACGGCCUUUUUGAAUCCGUUUAGCGUGGACGACUUCAUCAUCAAUUACAUCUUGCUCCCGGUUUUCGUGAUACUGGUUGUGGGAUACAAGAUCUGGCAUAAGACGAAGAUCGUCAAACUCGAGGAGAUGGACAUCUGGACGGGAAGAAGGGUCGCUGUGGUUGACGAGACAGAACCCGAUAAGAAGCACGCGGAUAGUCAUUCGGAUCUACACAACAUUAAUGGAGAAUUACCCAUGAGCACAAAUGUCCCCGGCCACGAGGGGAUCGGGAGGGUAGUCCAAGAAUAUAUCGUCUCCCCAGCCGAUUUUGUGUCGAUCAUCCCGGAGGAUCUGAAGCCAGAGGCUGUUGCACCUUUGUUAUGCGCCGGGCUGACCAUGUACGGCGCGCUGAACAAAUUGCACAAGUUCUGCCAAAAGGGCGAUUGGGUCGUAAUUAUGGGCGCCGGUGGUGGAUUGGGUCAUUUACAGGUGGAAAAAGAAGUUCAAAAUCUAACCGAUGGCGCCGGGGCGCACGCCGUCGUGGUAGUCGUCGGUCUUGCAACCGCAUACAACCAAGCUCUCCGACUCCUUCGCCCCGUCGGGACGCUCGUCUGCGUUGGUCUCCUCUCGCAAGACUACCGCAUGCCUAUCUCGCCGUUGGACUGUGUGAAUCGCGGGUUUCACGUUGUUGGGAGUUGUGUGGGGACGGAAGAGGAGAUGCAGGAUCUCCUGAGAAUGGCAGCGGCCGGGCGGGUGUCUACACACUAUCAGGUUUUUGAGUUAUCAGAAGUCAACACGCUCCUGACCCUCACCACCCUCCUCCUCCCCACCGCCCUCGCCCUCCCGUCUCUCACCGAGCGCGCCUGCGACUACACCUGCGGCAGCAACUGCUACUCCUCCUCCGCCGUUUCCACCGCCCAGGACGCCGGUUACAAGCUGCAGCAGUCCGGCGAAACCGUCGGCAGCAACAACUACCCUCACAAGUACAACAACUACGAGGGCUUCGACUUCCCUGUGUCAUCCCCGUACUAUGAGUGGCCUAUUCUGAGCUCCGGAUCGACCUACAACGGCGGUUCUCCUGGUGCGGACCGCGUGGUGUUCAACGAUGACAACCAGUUGGCUGGUUUGAUUACCCACACUGGAGCUAGUGGCAAUAACUUUGUCGCCUGUACUUAA